AUGUCUCUUAACCCAGUUUGUCCUCCCUUUUUUCUUCUCCUAGAACCUUUUCCUAUAGAACCCAGUCUGUCCUGCCUCUUUCCUUCUCCUAGAACCUUUUCCUAUAGAACCCAAACCCAGUCUGUCUCUCCUGCUUUUUUCCUUCUCCUAGAACAUUUUCCUAUAGAACCCAGUCUGUGCUGCCUUUUUCCUUCUCCUAGAACCUUUUCCUAUAGAACCCAGUCUGUCCUGUCGUUUUCUUCUCCUAGAACCUUUUCCUGUCCUGCCUUUUUUCCUUUUCCUAGAACAUUUUCCUAUAGAACCCAAACCUCUUUCCUUCUCCUAGAACCUUUUCCUAUAGACCAAGUCUGUCCUGCCUUUUUUCCUUCUCCUAGAACCUUUUCCUAUAGAACCCAGUCUGUGCUGCUUUUUUUCCUUCUCCUAGAACCUUUUGCUAUAGAACCCAGUCUGUCCAGCUUUUUUUCCCCUUUUCCUAUAGAACCCAGUCUUGCUUUUUUCCUUUUCCUAGAACAUUUUCCUAUAGAACCCAUCUGUCCUGCCUUUUUCUUUCUCCUAGAACCUUUUCCUAUAGAACCAGUCUAUCCUGCCUUUUUCCUUCUCCUAGAACCUUUUCCUAUAGAACCCAGUCUGUGCUGCCUUUUUCCUUCUCCUAGAACCUUUUGCAAUAGAACCCAAACCCAGUCUGUCUCUCCUGCUUUUUUCCUUCUCCUAGAACAUUUUCCUAUAGAACCCAGUCUGUGCUGCCUUUUUCCUUCUCCUAGAACCUUUUCCUAUAGAACCAGUCUGUGCUGCAUUUUUCCUAUAGAACCCAAACCAGUCUAUCCUGCCUUUUUCCUUCUCCUAGAACCUUUUCCUAAAACCCAGUCUGUUGCCUUUUUCCUUCUCCUAGAACCUUUUUUCAUAGAACCCAGUCUGUCCUGCUUUUUUCCUUCUCCUAGAACCUUUUCCUAUAGAACCAAGUCUGUCCUCCUGCUUUUUUUCUCCUAG